CUGUGCAACACUAAGAUGAAGACUUUUUUUUGUUAGUUAUAGAAUAUUAGAAAUGAAAGUGAAUGGGCCGUGGUGGGCUUGGGCCGAGCUACCGCGCAUCACAUAACAGUCUGUGGUGUGGUUGUCGGAGAAAGGAGCGAGAUGGAGUGCGCGGCGAAGGGGAGCGGAAGACGGUGCGGCGGCGCCGCAACGAGACUCUGCGCGCGCUGCGAAGCCGUUGCUUAUUGCUCUCUCUCUCACCAGAUUGCACACUGGACUCGUCACAAACACGAGUGUGAUAGGUUGCAACAACAGAUGAAGAGCGUCGGAGUCAAGAGCGUCGAAGUCCUCAAUGAUUUUCCCUUCUCUUUCUCUCAAGAAGCCACGUUUCAGGUUUGUGCGAAGCAGGAAACUAGGUGUUCAUUUUUGAGCAUGAGAGGCCUUCAUCAAGUGGGAAUGUGGAUGCAUGAAUGCCACUGUGGGGCAUCAUCUGCUUCAUUUGAUUGUUUAGGGUUAAACAAUGGUUGGGAUCUCCCGAGUGUUUUAUGUCCAUGUUGUGGGCCUAACUCCCCGGUAUCAGAGCAGUUGCAUAGUUGGAGAGACUACUAUAAGUGGAGAUGCAUCCCGCUAGACUCGCCUAUUGCUUUGCUUCUUCAGUGGCCACUUACAAUAUAUCAUGCUGCUCGACUUGUUGGAAUUACAGACUUGAAUCCUGAAAUCAGUGAUAAGUUGUGCAUACAUUACCUUGGACCUGAAAAGGAGCUGCUACAACUUGCUGUGUUUGGAGAACUACUGGCACUCUUCCCUGGUGUACGGAUUCAUAUAGAACUUGUUGGACCUGCAAUUCCUCCUCAAAGGGAUGGUGAGAAGAUUCACAUUUCUAAGUAUCCUUGUUGCAAUGAAGACAAGUGUGAAUGCAAAAUAGCAAGUAAAAAUACAUUCUUAGGAACACAAUCUGGUAGCACUUCGGCAUUGACAUUGCAGCUUUGGCAAGGAUUCUAUCAUGACCGCUAUAGAGAUAUUGUUAAGGAUUCCUUUCCUCACCUAGUAAUUGCUCCAAAUGGUGGCAUUGCUGUUUAUUCCAGUUGGUUACCAAGUAUUGAGUUAAUUGAAAAGAUUGAUGUCCCAGCUGUUUUUACUGAUUAUUGUGAGGAAGCUUGUCAUCUUGCAGCAAGUUGCAUCAAGACUGUAUCUGGACGUCCUCUUAAAUUGCCUGUUCAGUUAAAUCCAUUCAGGCAGCCCAUGGCUGUGGAAGACAGUGUUCUGUUGCUUCCCUGCUACUCAAAUUGCUUUCUUUUUGGAAUGUAAAGAGUUACUCAAUAUCUUGGAUUCGGAUUCCCUGACUUUAGGGCGCCAACAUGGUGAGUUUAGUUCAUUUGUGGUGGCAGGAUAUGUAAGUGGCUUGGGACUUGUAUAAGUGGAUAUCAACUUAAAUAAGUUGCCAGCAACUUAAGUCUAAAAUGAACUAAAAUCACUAUGACUUUCUCUCAAAGUGACCUAACCUAAUCCAUUUAUGAAUUUCUUGGGCCCCUAUAUAUCGGCCGGAGCAACGAAGAUAAUUGUAUCAGAAGCAAAUGAUUGCUUUAUCAAAUACGAAUGAAAGAAAUGGUAGGCAAAUAACAAUUGCAAGCUUUGCAAAUAUUUCUCACAAUCAAUAGAGACCCUUGGUUGGGCCAUUCAGUAGUCGCUUCAA